AAUUGUAGGAGGGGUCUGUUUAACUUAAAGAUUACCUGAGUGGACUUCCUGAAACGUCAGUUCCUAUUUUCUGUGGUCUGAAACUGGGAAAAAUGAACGUACAAUAACACCUGAAACUCGGCGCAUAGAUACAUACAAACGCACGAUGAGUCCUUUCUGUUAACCUUUCUACAAACCCCAGGAUGCUGAGGCACCCAAGAAUCCUGCUUAACAAAGAAGAGGAAAAAAAAUAAAUAAAAAACAGCAGCACGGAAUUUCCAGCAUUUCACUGAAAGAGUGAAGCUGGACUAACUCUAUCGGCCACCAUGACGGAGCAGAGGAGCCAGGCCCUGAAGACACUCAGCCAGCUCUGUGCGGAGUGUGGGCAGAGUCACAUGGUCCCUGAGAACCACCUGUAUGACUACCAGGACGAGGUGGAUGACGAGCUGUCCUGCCUCAUCUGCCUGCAGCCCUUGCUGUGCCCCAUGGACACUCCCUGCGGGCACACGUACUGCUUCCAGUGCUUGGACAAUUUCCUGAGGGAGCAGGACUUUUGCCCUGUGGACCGGCAGAAGCUCUACCUGCGGCAAUGCCGGCGGUCCAGCCUGCUGGUCAGGAACCUGCUGGACAAGCUGUCGGUGCUCUGCCCCUUUCAGAAGGACUGCGGGCUGAAGAUGCAGCGGUGUGAGCUGGAGCCUCACCUCCGGAACAGGUGCCCAGGCAUUAAGAAACUGCGAGACGAAGCAGAGAGGAGGAAGAGGCCCCACUGGACCGAGAUGAAGGCGGUCCGGGCUGGGGGGGAGCUGUCUGCGGAGGCUGCUCCAGCACUGCCUGCCCCUGGCCUGGCUGCAGGGAGCUCCACCCCAGGGGCGUCCCGGAGCACCCGCCAGCCAGGAGUGGUGAACCCAGCAUUCGAGGAGAGCGAGGACGACUCUCACCAGCGGUCGAGCCUUGUGGCAGAAACGAAUGUGGUUGAGCUCCGUCGGGAUAACCCAGAGGAGGGGCUGGGGAUCCGGAUCGUGGGGGGCAAGGACACCCCUCUUGGGAACAUCGUGAUUCAGGAGAUCCUGAGGGACUCCCUGGCUGCCCGAGACGGAAGACUGGCCCCUGGAGAUCACAUCCUGGAGGUGAAUGACAUCAACAUGGCUAACGUGCCUCACAGCCGGGCUAUAGCAGUGCUACGGCAGCCCUGCCCCGUGGUCUGCCUGACAGUGAUGCAGGAGAAGGGCUUCUCCCCACGGAGCUCCCCGCCGGAGCCGACUCCUCCCCAGGGAAGGGUGAUCCAGGUGACGCUGAUCAAGAGGGACAGCUCGGAGCCGCUGGGGAUCAAGCUGGUCCGCAAGCCUGCUGAGACCGGGGUCUUCAUCCUGGACCUGCUGCCGGGGGGCCUGGCCGCCAAGGACGGCAAGCUUCGGGACGAUGACAAGGUGCUGGCCAUCAACGGGAACAACCUGAGGCACGGGACCCCUGAGACCGCCGCACAGAUCAUCCAGUCCAGCGAGACGAGGGUGAACUUCGUGGUGAUGAGGCAGGGGGAGGAGCCCGGGAGAGAGACCCCUGAGGAGGGAGGAUCGAGCGGCGAGGGAUCCAACCGCUCCCAGAGGAGACCCGAGCCGCAGCACUGCCGUCGCCGCUCCGCCUUCCAGAAGGACCCCCCAGCUGGUUUCUCCAGUCAGGAGAAGGCGGUGACUUUGAAGAAGGAGCCCCGCACGUCUCUGGGCAUCACGAUCUCAGGGGGACGGGACAGCAGGAACAGGCUGCCUGUCCACAUCACCAGCGUGCAGCCUGUGGGAUGCCUGUACCACGAUGGCAGGAUUAAAGCAGGGGACGUGCUGCUGAGCAUUAAUGGGGUGGAUCUGACCCAGCUGACCUAUGGAGAAGCCGUCUCGGCGCUGAAGGCCCACGCUGCCCAGUCCGCAGUGCAUCUCCGGGUGAUAGAGACCGCGACAGAGCAGCCGGGGGAUGAGGAGGAGGAGGAGAUGGAAGAGCAGCAGGCAGAGGCAGGCAGGGAGGAGGAUGGGAACUGGUCCCCGCUGUGGACCAUGUGGCUGGGGUUACCUAGCCAUCUCCACUGGUGCCGUGAAAUAGACCUGCAGAAGACCACCAAUGAGAGCUGGGGCUUCAGUAUCGUGGGCGGGUUUGAGGAAAGCCAGGGACACCAGCCCUUUUUUAUCAAGACCAUUGUUCCUGGAACGCCAGCUUACUUUGACGCACGGCUGAAGUGCGGUGAUGAGAUAGUAGCAGUGAAUGGAGAAAGCACAGGAGGAAUGAACAACUCCUCUCUGAUCCCGAAGAUGAAGCUGCAGAAGAACAAAGUCUCUCUCACGGUGGUGUCCUGGCCAGGGAGUCUGAUCUAGCCAAAUCAAAUCACUACAAGGUCAUAUCUGAACUGAUGUGUUCCCAUCAAACCCUUCAAGUAAACCCCCCCCCCCCCCCCCACCGUGGAGAUAUGACCACCAGUAAAGCACGGUGGAGGUGCUGUAAUAAUUUCUAUAUGUUUGUAGAGGGGAAUGUGUUCAAGCCCCUGAAGUUUCAAGAAUGAGCUUUUAACCAACUACUGUACCUGCUAGUUUGCACUUCCUUCUAUCCCUACAACAUCGUAAUGAAAGCAUUAAUUCCAGCUGUCUGAUGUGGCUCUAGGCUUGCCAGUAUGCAAGUUUAACUGCUAUGUAAAUGUCUGGAAGUGACACUAGUACUGCACUUUAGUCUUGGCGUUGCAGAGCACUGUGCCGUGUUCAACACAAAUGCAUUCCUUUACCCUUGCUGCAGCAGUUUAUUAUUAUUUGUUUAUUUAGCAGACGCCUUUAUCCAAGAUUACUGACAGAGACUAGGGUGUUUGAACUAUGCAUCAGCUGCAGAGUCACUUACAACAACGCCUCACCUGAAAGACGGAGCACAAGGAGGUCAAGUCACACCGUGAUUCAGUGAGUGAGCUGUGAUUUGAACUGGGUACCUCCUGAUUUAUAAGCCCUUUUCUUUAACCACUGGACCACACAGCCUCCUAGCAAUACUUUUUUCAACAUUUUGUUGAGAUGUUGUUAUUCAUGCAUUUUAAUGCGGGGCAUUAGCCAGGAGACGGAGAAUCUCUCCUCAGACCAUCCUAUUGUAGCCAGGGCAUUGACAGUAUAUGGCAAAGGUAAAAGGAAUGGGUUUCGUAUAAACACUGCUAGGUGUUUGAAACCCACCAAUAGAAAUCUCCAUAAUCAACACUGGGAGGUCUUCUAAUACAGCACUGUCAUUUUCAAACGUGUUCAUUGUUCAGUAAGCCAUUGUAUACACCAAGGACCAUCAUCCACGAUUGAUUUUAUAAACCAGGCUGUGUCCCUGUUGCUGCAUGCAUACAAAUGCUGAUCUGGUGGCAUUCGUGUGUCUUUUUUAUUUCUUUCAAUAAUGGCGUCCGAAAGGGAUUUUUGAGGAAGGACGAUAAACACUACGUAGAAGGAUCCAGACCGCUUUAUUUAUUUUUUAAACUAAACACAGGGAGUCAUACCAAGAUAAGGGGUAGAAACUGGCACCAGGCCGGUUUCGACUAGUGGAAUUGGAGCCUGUUGGAACCACUGUCAGUGAAAAAUUAAAAUACAGUUUGUAGUGUGAGGAUAGGGGGUAAUUGAGGGGGUAACUGGGGCAGAAAAAUCAAGGGGUAUCCUAGCAAAACUUGAUAAGCCACGUUUAAUUAUCUGUAGAUAAUCUAUACUUAAUUCAUUUUAACAGCAAAGUACAGAUUUGUUUGAAAACUGAAAUGUUUGUGGGUUUGAGUUUAGUAUUUGCAAUUACGUUGGUGGUAAUAAGCAAAAUGACUUGAAUCUCAAAUUGAUGGAUUUUAGAACAUACCUCAACUGAUGGCCCUUUUUCUGUUUAAGCCUUAAAUAACAGAAAUGAUAGUUUGCGUUUGUUGCAACUUGCAAUAACAAAAGAGAGGUGCCUUAUUCUCUGCGUGCGUGAAGUUGAUUUGUCUGCACCCUUUACCAGCCCAUUGGUGGAAAUGUGCCUGUCCUGUACCGCCAGUACAAUCAGAUUGCAGGGAUCUCUGUUUCACUUUCAGAAACAAUGCAAAUCUACUGUGCCUUCAACUAUACCCCAUGGUAUUUUCCCCCAGCCAUUGCCACUUUGUGAUUUAAACCCCUAUUUAAAAGAACUGCAUGUUCCUUCUCUAAACUACCUACUAGAUGCUAAAUGAACUUCAUUCGCGAUCUACACAGGGGAACCUACACAAGAAUUAUUCUUAAAAACUUGUACAAACUUUGCAUUUCUCAAGCUUUUGAUCCUGUUUGUAUGUUGUGGAUUUAUGUAAAAUGUAAGUUCUUGAAUUUGAGCCUUUGCUUGUUUCUGACACCGGGUUUUCAAUCCACUUCAGCUCUGUAAGCUAGUAAGCAGUUUGUUAUACAGUGCAGUUCUGAAUGUAUGCAUGUGGGCUAAUGCAGGUGGCCUUUGUUGCUAGCAACGAAAAUGUACCUUUCAAAAUCCUAACUACCUAAGAGACCUUUGAGCUUUCAAUCCACACCAGAAGCACACAAGGUGUUUCCUUGCAGGGGGUCAGUUCCUGUGAGGUGAAGAAGCACAUGCAGAUCUGUGAGGGACAGGACUCGAAAAUGCCUUUCCUGGCCAGUGAAAGAACAUUUUGAUGGGCUUCCCACCUCCUCAUUUCCAUGUGCUUCUCAGGUUCACAGGUAUACAGUUCUGCAUGGCCUGAAACAUCUAGACGUGUACACACUGCUUUUGGAAGAUUUCAGCACACAAGUAUUACAGAAAAAAAAGUGCUUUUCUUUGCUCUUGCUUUUUGUUGUGCCAAUGCGAGAGGCACGUCUCUUUAGACCCUCCAUCUAGCAGAGAUUGCUCUUUUUCAGUUUGUAAGAAAAUAAAAAGAAAUCACAUUUAAGAUCAA